UAAGAGAAAGACCCAUCUGUUCUUGUUGUAGCAGAUAAAGGGAGCGUGAGACGGGGUCAGACGUGAAGAGGAGGAGGAAGAUUGCUGUGCCCCACACCAGGGAAGGAACGCCGAGAGACGCUCCGGAUGUGGUUUCCAUGAACUAAAGAGUUACACAAACAUGCAACAAAGAUGAAGAUGUGGAUAACUUUCCUCUGGCUGAACCAUGGACUGAUGCAGGCGGCUGCUGUCACCCCGACACCCUCCUCUGAACCAGUGACCCCCACGGAAGAUGAAGCCACACACCUGGUGGACUGGUUGACGAAGUACGGCUACCUGCCCCCCCCAGACCCGUCCACCGGUCAGCUGCAGGCCUGGACCGCCGUCACUAACGCCGUCAGGGAGAUGCAACGGUUCGCCGGCCUCAAGGACUCUGGCGUCUUAGAUGAGGAAACAUUGGCGUUGAUGAAAGUUCCACGUUGCUCUCUGCCCGACCGAGGAGAACCAUCCGAACCCCCGGCCCUUCCAGAAAAGAGGGGGAUGAGGAGGAAGAGGGGGGCGUUGUCCAUGUGGAGCCACAGGAACAUCAACUGGAGGCUGCAUUCAUAUCCUUCCUCUUCUCAUCUGUCCCGGGAGAUGAUCCGGUCACUGGUCUACUACGCCCUGAGAGUGUGGGGAGAGCCCACACCGCUGGACUUCCAUGAGGUGGGCAGUCCCGGGGCGGUGGAUCUGCAGGUGGACUUCCUCCAUGGUUACCAUGGUGACGGCUAUCCCUUUGACGGGGAAGGGGGUGCAGUCGGCCACGCUUUCUUCCCGUCAGACCCUGCGCGGGCAGGGGGAGUUCACCUGGACGCAGAGGAGCAGUGGGCCUUCAGACAACCAGCCUCCGAGGGCACUGACCUGUUCACGGUGCUGGUGCACGAGUUCGGUCACGCCCUGGGCCUGGCUCACUCCUCCUCCCGGCACUCGGUGAUGAGGCCGUACUACCACGGUCCUGCUGGAGACCCGCUCCACUACCGCCUGGGCCAGCAGGACCUGGAGCACAUCACCAAGCUCUACGGUAAAAGGAGCCAUCUGCUUGCUACGGAUGUUCCUCGCCUCAAAACCUCAGCAGAACCUAAGCUGUGCCACAGAGGCCACCAACACCAUCACCAUCACCAUCACCAUCACAGACAUGGUGCUUCAAUAGAUCGCUGUAACACCAGUUUUGAUGCUGUGGCAAAGAUCCGAGGAGAGACCUUCUUCUUUAAAGGUCUGAAGGUGUGGCGAGUGAACAGCAGGGGUCUGGUGUCAGCUCGUGGAGCUUCAGUCAGGAGACUGUGGAGGGGUCUUCCCCCUGACCUUCCCUGUCUUCACGCUGUGCUGGAGAGACAAUCUGAUCACGCUAUCAUCUUCAUCAGUGGCUCUCAGUUCUGGCUGUUCCGAGACCUAGCCCUGCAGGACGGCUACCCUCAGCCCCUGUCUGCUCUCAGGACGGGGGCUGGUCUGGCUGCAGGGGACGGUGAUGGUGAUGAUGAUGAAGACGACACACCAGCAUCAGGACGGUGGGGUCUGGUCUGGGACCCGGAGGAGGGUCCGGUGUGGGGGAAGUUAGGACAUCCAGAGGAAGAGGAUCAAGAAGACACAUGGACUCAACUGCUAAAGGAAGGAGUAAACGGCAUCACGACGGACAGUCAGGGCUCUGUUUACCUCUUCAAAGGAGACGCCUACUGGAAGUUCAGCUUUCCAGGGUCCUCCCUGCAGGAGGGCUACCCACAAUCCUCUGCAGCAGACUGGCUGGACUGUGCCGACUCUUCGUCCGGCGGGGACGACAUCUCUCUGUCUCUGUCUCCACCUGCAGGAAAACAGGAACUCUGGGAAACAUGGAGCGACGACAGAGAAGAGGACACUGCAAGGAGGAGGGAGAGACAUGGACAUAAAGACAAAUACAGACAGGACGGCAGGUCACACGGCCGGACGCAGUGCACGUGUCACAACAGAGCUCUGGGAGGAAGCAACACAUCUGGGAUUUCAGUCUUCCUGUUGGUUACAUGGACCCGGUUGGCCUUUUAGGCAGCGUAAGCAAAUCAAAGUUACACAUCUUAAUAGAACAGAUGAGGCUGUACUAGAGAAUAGUGCGGCAUCUAUAAACACUCCAAUCAUGAGUUGGCAAAGAGUGGAGGCGGUUGGAGACAAAUUGGGUGACUGAUAUUCUGGAUCCACAGUACGUCUCUUUGAACUCUUUGUUUUGUUGCACUGAAGUGUUGAAUGAAUGAUUGUCAUAGUGUGGAAGUUUAUGUCAAAACACAAGUUAUAGUUCAUUUCAAUCUAUUUAAGCUCUUUUUAGAGGUAUGGCUCCAGUUUUGCAGUUCAUUUCUAAUGUGUAGCACAUGCUGAAAGGACGUUUUUAUAAGACUUUGUUCCUGCUUGCACCAGCUCUGUUGAAGCAGUGUAAGAAUGGACUCAAGACCGUCAUGAACUGUUCCACAUCACAGGGUUUUAUAUUGCGUCUCUUUCUCGCCAUGUACUGUAAUCUCACUCCGUGCUCCGUCCACAGGCAUGAAGAGCAGUGUGGGCAAAGUUCUGGCAGUGCAGCGAAGGUCUACAACACUCACAUUUAUUUACGUUGUGUCUGCUAUUUAAAAAAAAGUUCUUACAUCUAAAUGUUGAACCAUAAAAAGUCUGUAAUAAAGUCAUAUUACGUGGUCUUUUGACGUCAA